AACUUAAGAGGCCAUGCUGAGAUGCCGAGAGACGGAGCUGAUCGCAGCGCUAACAAACAGUUCCGCCAAGUUUGUUUCUAAGACGAGACCUCAUUUAAGGACAAGAAACACACGGGCUCGGUAUAUUGCUGGGGGAGCGAGUUUACAGUAAGAGAGGAGCAGGCACAGAGGCUGCCUGUUAGUUACUUCUGAGACCCUCCUUUCUUCCAGUCUUCAGACAGUGUGUUCAAGGUACAUCAGGCUGCAGCCAGGAUGUUUCACAAGGCAACCAAAGACCUGGCAAAGCAGUUGGCUCCAGAUGGAGAUCUGCUCCCAGUUAGCAGCCUUAUCGACCAAGAUCACUUCAGACCCCUAUACCUCGUUCGAAGGAAACCAAAGAGAUCCUGGAUGACUCAUCAUCGCUACUACAAAACAGGAGUUAGGCUCAGUGACAUUCUGGUACCUGCACAGGAUAACAGAAAUCUAGACGUCCAGGAUUCACACACAAUCACUGUUGAGGAUUGCUCUGAUGGCAGAGUAGAGUGGACUAUUAAGAUGCCUGAAGACUUUGUGAGUAUGGAAGUGACAGGAGCUGCCAGCACCUACCAAGUGAAGUCCAUCAAGAUGAAAACAGCACGGGUCAGCCCAGCAGCCCUGGAGAUUCUACCAAAAGAAAGGAAAAUCAACAUGGACCAUUCCUUCAUUAAGGAUUUAAGGAAGCACAGAGAGAACUUGUAUGUGAUCAAUGAGGCUGUUCAGGCUUUGGAGGAGACCACAUUAUACAAAGCCAACACCAUGGAAGGCAACAUUCGGAAUGACAUCUGUGUCCAUUUUUCAUUAAAGGGCACCAGAGGCAGCAAGAGUGUCAUAGUUAUCCCUAAGGACUGUGUCCUGGCGUUCAGAAUCAAGCCGCUAAUUAUUCAAAGUGAAUCAUGGGGUAUUUCUCAUCAUCCAGAUGAAGAAACAUUUGUUGCAGAAGGUGUAACAGCGGAAUCUGAUUACUUUCCAGAUGGAGGAAUGGAAGGCCUGCAGAGCGACGUUGAAAAGGAAUGUGCAGAGCUCUCUCAGUUGUCCACAGAUCUGCGUGCCAAGUUCUUAAAAUCAAUCAUAGCCGUGAUAAUAAACAGCGACCUCUUGCAAGAACUCAAACUCAAGCUAGAAGAGGCUUUUGAAGAUGCUGAUAAAUGUGAGCUAAAGAGUGAGAAUCCAGACCUGGAAGACCUGCUGAACAAUGUACAGGAUUCUGAAGGAAACACACAUCUUUACCUUGUUGGGCCGGUUCUCUACACUCUACACGCACUUGGUGAGCUAACUGAGGAUCAGUUACUACGGCUGGCACAGUCUGUGGAGAAGCAGAUUGUAUCCAAACAGCUCGAGCUGGUCAAGAGCAUCUUGAAGCAAGAUUUCCACCUGAAACACGUUUUCAGCCUGGAUGCCAAGCUACUCUCCUGCCUGCAAGAGGAGGAACUGAACAUAACCAAGGCAAUGAUAGAGCGAGGUGGAGUAACACUGCAGAGAAAUGGACCUUCUUUCACUGGGACUGGAGACCUGGCUGCUUUUUCAGCCCUCAGUGCAUUGUAUGUAGCCUUGUAUGCUUUACAUCUUCUGUCUAGAUCAGACUAGACAUGACACCUUUCCUCACACUACAAGGGAUGUCAAUAGAAAGACUGAAAAAAUAUUUCCUGAGGUUGAUUAUGGGAAGUGAGUUUUUCUCUACAAAAAGAAUCCCAAAUUUUAUACACACCCACACACCGUAGCAACCUUCCUUGAUCUGGAUGAGACUCUCAUCAUAUCUCCUCAAUGCUGCUUCUAGAUCAGUGGGUGGGAGAAGGGGAUUGUUGCAAGUUGCCUGGCAGCCAAAGGAAGCAAGAAACCAGAACCAAAAAUUAAAACAGGCUCCCUCAUGAGAACCCAUGGCCCAGGAUGUCAUGAGCUUGUCUGCCUGAUUUUGGCAGAACCGGCCAAUGGGAGCUGGGGGGUGGUGCCUGCGGGCGAGAGUUGUGCGGAGCCGCCUGCACGCCUCUGUCUAGCAGCUGGACCUGCUGCGGGCCGCUUCAGGCGCAGCGCGGUUCGCAGUGCCAGGACGGGCGGGAAAUCUGUCUCUGGCACCCCGGCUGUGCCGCUGACUGGGAGCCGCUGGAGGUAAGUCCACAUCCCAACCCUAAUGUUACACUGCAUAUGGAAACGAUCGGGGGGCACAACCCCCUAGAGAACAGCCACUAAUUAUAAGCUGUAAGUAAUGUAGUAAGCCCUCCCCGCUACUCUAGCAGACAACCUGGACCCAGCCUUCUCAGGCCCACUAUAAUGGGAAGUCUGGAACACUAAUUGGAAUAGGCAUGGUAUGCCUGUAUGAGAGAAGGUGCAGGGCGCAGUACUACACAAGAGGCAGAUGGAGUAUCAACACCUUCCACCUUAAUGCCUGGCCCUAUCAGGAAGUGUGUCACCGUAUGUCCUAUGCUUUUCCAGGGAUACCUGGGCAGGAGGAUCCCAAAAGAAAAGGGGGGAAAAAAAGGAAGGUGGAGUGUUCGGAUAUAGAUAUUCAGGCCUGUCUGUAAUCACCCAUACUUUAAGAAUUUAGGUAUAUGUUUAUCACUUCGCUAGUUAUAGAAAUAUAAAAGAAUCAAAAUCACUGUCUGCCGGUGUAAGGGCCUUUUCUCACUGUGACAGUCUGAGGCCCUGUUCUUAAGUUAAGACCUUUGGCUAAGCAGUGGGAGCAGCCAUAAACUGGAAAGCGUCAUGCCAUCACACAUUUCAAACCAGUCAUAUUGAAAUAAGGCAAUCGGGGGCUGUUAGAAAGGGGAUCCAAUCUAUCACCUCCAGAUAAAGGGAAGAGCCUAGAAGAUGUAAAAGGAAAUUUAGUUUGAUAGUUUUCUGUUUGGUAAGAACUCACUUACCAAUAGACAUAGUUGGGAAGCCCUUAUGCCUUUAUAGAUGUAGUUGUGAAAUCCUCUCUUCUGUAUUGUUUUGUCAUUAUAAUUGCUAUUGUUUAUUUGCAUGGUCUCUAUCUAGUUCUGUGAUUGUUUCUGUCUGCUGUAUAAUUAAUUUUGCUGGGUGUAAACUAAUGAAGGUGGUGGGAUAUAAUUAGCUAAGCAAUCAUGUUACAAUAUGUUAGGAUUGGUUAGGUAAAUUUCAGUAAAAUGACUGGUGAAGGUAUAGCUGAGAAUAUUACUAUAUAAAUUAGGGACAAACAGGAAGUAAGUGGGGAUUUGAAAAUAAGGGAAAAGGAACUUGGAUUUAAGCUUGCUGAAAGUUCACUCCAAUAAACAACAAAUUGUUUGCACCUUCGGAGUUUGGGUAUUGUUGCUCUCUGUUCCCACGAGAAGGAGAGCAUAAGGUCACAUUAGGUCUAAUAUAAGUUAGCAUAAGUAAGUAACCUUGGGUCAGAAGAUUCAGCAAUAUGUAUCUUGUGGUAGACUGUUAGAGCACAAAGUAAUAGUUCAGGUUUUAUCUAGCCAGAUUUUGGUACUUUCCUAACAGCGCUGCAUAAAGAAGCAUGACAAUUCCUAUUAGCACAAAUGCUUGCGACAACAGUUGAACCCCAAAACCGGAUAGCAGUAAUGACAAACAUGGACAAGAGGCCAAUACUUAAUCAAAUAUGGUCUCAGAAAUAGGUGGGUGUAAGAAAUGGGUGGUGUAAGUAAUAGGUGCAUAAAAAGUAACCAAACAUGACCCUCAGCAGGUCCUUAGGAUGACAGAAUGUUGGCAACCUUCACAUUAUCUCAUCUUAAUGGAAACCCACAGCCCUGAGGAUUUGAAAGUGUAUACAUGAUGCAAAUUCUCAUGUCAUCUUUAUCCUGUUUUUCUAGUUCUGAUAAGGUGGGGGAGGUAAUAUCUUUUAUUGGAUCAACUUCUGUUGGUGAAAGAGACAACCUUUCAAGCUACAGAGAGUUCUCCUGAAGAGCUCUGUGUAGCUUGAAAGCUUCUCUCCUUCACCCACCAAAGUUGGUCCAAUAAAAGAUUUUUAUUACCUGAUCCACCUGGUCUCUGACACCCUGGGAUAAACACAGCUACAACUCUACAAUUUUCUAGUUCUGUGAUUUUGAUUAUGGUAUUAAUAAAACUCAAUGUCUCUGUUUGUCACCAACAAUCUUCUUCACACUUAAUCUCUAAGUAGCUGCCAAAAAACGAACCUGUUAUUAGUAACAAGUGCAUUUUGCACCCAAAUGAAUCAUAAGACAACAAAGGCCAAACAAACUGACCUUUAACUAAUACUCAAUAAAUAUAGGCUCUCUCUGUGUUUACACUACUAUAUGAAAACCUUCUAAGUUACUUUUACAUUCUAUAUCCUCCUCCUUUUUGUACAGCACUGGUGAUGGUUGGGUUUUGGGGUUUUUUUUUUUUUAUAUGGCUGGGGUGGUUUUUUUGACUGCUUGUAUACCAGGGAGCCCUGAUCCUGACAGGAGCCUCUGGGCACUGCUACAAUACAAAUAAAAACAAUCCCUUUCUGUAGGGUUAUGGCA